CUUCCUGCGGCGGAGUGACGUCUCUUGUUCCCUCGCAGAUCUUUGGCCGAGUCAGUCGGUUAAAGUGAUCACCUGCUGGCGUUGCGUCUGUGAGGGUCGUGUUUACAUUUUUUCCUCCUCCUUUUCGUUUUCCACCUCCAGGCCGCCGUCAGCGGAGGGUAACAGGAGACUGCGGCCGCACACGAGCAUCACGGGGCGGCGUCAGACACGGAGAACCGGCCCGCAGUUAACGGCGCCUGUCUGUGGAUUUGACUGUGAAUAAGCGCUGCCUGUCCGCCAGCUUCAGGUCUGAGACAUGAGCGGAAGAGUUGGAGACCUCAGUCCUAAGCAGGCUGAGGCGCUGGAACAAUUUCGAUCGAAGGUACAAGACAUUCUUCCUCAACUUCCUGCACAGCAUGACCACUUCCUGUUGCGCUGGCUCCGAGCGAGGAACUUCAAUGUGCAGAAAUCAGAGGCCAUGCUGCGAAAGCACCUGGAGUUCAGGAAACACAUGAAAGUAGACGCAAUAAUCACCGACUGGCAACCACCAGAGGUGAUAGAGAAGUAUCUUUCAGGAGGAAUGUGUGGCUACGACCGCGAAGGCAGCCCCAUCUGGUACGACGUGAUUGGACCCGUGGACCCCAAAGGACUCUUCCUGUCUGCGUCCAAGCAGGACUUCAUCAAGUCCAAGAUCAGAGACUGCGAGAUGCUGCAGAAGGAAUGCAACCUGCAGUCAGAGAGACUGGGCAGGAAUAUUGAGUCAAUCACGAUGAUCUACGAUGUUGAAGGUCUGGGACUGAAGCACUUAUGGAAACCGGCGAUAGAAACAUAUGGAGAGAUCCUCCAGAUGUUUGAAGAUAAUUACCCAGAAGGCCUGAAGAGGCUGUUUGUAAUUAAGGCUCCUAAACUCUUUCCAGUGGCCUAUAACCUCGUCAAGCACUUUCUGAGCGAAAUCACGCGACAAAAGAUCAACAUCCUGGGGGGAAACUGGCAGGAGGUUUUACUGAAGUACAUCGAUGCAGAAGAGCUGCCGGCCAUUUAUGGAGGGAAGGCGACGGAUCCUGAUGGAGAUCCUCGCUGUCGGACCAGGAUAAACCAUGUUGGCCCAGUUCCUCCUUCCUACUACGUGCGGGAUCACGUCAACGUGGAUUACGAACACUGCCUGACCGUCAAUCGAGGUUCUUCCCAACAGAUGGACUUUGAGAUCUUGUUCCCGGGCUGCGUCCUCCGGUGGCAGUUCGCCUGCGAGGGCGCAGACAUCGGCUUUGGGGUGUUUCUAAAAACCAGAAAGGGUGAGUGGAAGAAAGCGUCUGAAAUGCAGGAAGUGAUUCCCAGCCAGCGGUACAACGCUCACCUGGUUCCUGAGGACGGGUCGCUGACCUGUGAGCUUCCAGGAGUCUAUGUGCUGAGGUUUGACAACACGUACAGCAUCUUCCAGGCCAAACGGGUCAGCUACACGGUGGAGGUUCUGCUGCCGGACCGGCUCCAGUCCCAGCGGGAAGCCCAGACCAAUGGGACCAGUGAGGGGACCGGCGAGAAGUCCAGUGAGGGGACCAGCGAGAAGUCCAGCGACCAGCUGCAAGACGCACAAACUCGGCUCUGAAGAUAAGUUCAGGAUGGAUUAAACGAUGAAACAAGCACAGCCUGACGUACUUGAUGUAAAUAGAACCUUGCUGCUCUCGCAUUUUUACUUGAAAGUCCAGUUUAAUGCCACGGCUUGGUACCAACUCUGUUUCAAAUGUUUUGUUCAACCAAAAAUUAAACAAAAAUUAGCUCAAAUUAUAGUUUUUUUUUCUCUCCUUCUAUUAUUUAAAAAAACAAUCAAAAAUGAAUCAUGAAGUCAGGAGUAACAGUGGGCAAUAAAUAUGCAAAGAUAAGCUUUGAUUUAAAAUCAGAAAUGAAUUGUUUCAAAUCAAAUUUGAACUAAUAACAUUCCUGUUGGUUUGCUAAGAGAAAUCAGACUGAAUCCAGAAAUUGUAGAGCUCUGAUUUUUUUUCUUUAUGCAGUUCUUCAAACUUUUCACUCCAGUUCAAAGCAUAAGAUGCAUUCAAACCACCCGGCGUUUAAAGCAUCGGCUCCUACCAGGACUAGUGGAGGGGUGGCAACAACAUUUACAUUUCCAGGUAGAAAAACACAUUUGUGCUAAACUAUAUUCCUAGAAAAAUAUUUACACAAUUACAAUUAACUAACAACUUCAAAACUAAAACAAUCUGGGCCCAAACAAAAUCCAAAAACAUCCCCCUCCCUCUCAAUCUCAACAACGGAUUUUCCCAGUGAGGCUGAUUGAAAACACCAGGUCAUUUCCAUGGCAACGCAUGACCAGGUGACCUCAAAGAGACGAGAGAACGAUUAAAACAAAUAUUAAAUAAAGGUAUUUACUUCCUCCAAACAAAAGCAACACAUUUACCAGAUAAAUUAGAAUAUAGGAAGCAAAAAACAGCAACUGUUGGGGAGGAGAUCAAUUCCACAGCCACAUGUCAAAACGUUCAGUUUGAAGGAUUAAAUUUGAGAUAAAGUGAAUUUAUUUCAUACGUCGGCCAUACAAAGAAAAUAAUAAAAUAAAAUUACAGGAAUAAAGUCAUAAACUUACAACUUUAUUCUCAUGACUUGUAUUUUUAUUUUCUUAGUGUAGCUCUAUUUUGGUGUAUCAAUUUCAAGAAUGCUAAUAAAUGAAGUUUUUCUUUGUAAUAAAAUAUAAUAAGACUUGGUAACAUUUAUUUAGUGUCUGUUAUGUUUAUAAACUCCCUGAUGUCAAAUUUAACUGCAUUGAUAGACAAUCAGUGACAUAAUAUUAUGCAAUAUUCAUCUAUUUGCCUAAAACUUUUGCAAACUGUUUUUGCAAAUUAGAUGUAGAGAAAUGCAAUCGCUGUUAAGAGAAUUAAAUGUUAUUUUCACAAGAAUUGAUCAUUUAAUAACAAUAAGCUAAUUAAUAUUAUUUUUAAGCAUCAAUUUGACAGAAUGGCUGUUUGAACGAAUCUUCCCCGUUCCACCAGAGCAUCAAAAUGUAUUAAUAUAUUUGAAGAUAUGAUUCAAUGUCAUUAUUUCAUAAGUUUUAUAUUGAAAGUCAGUCAAGCUCAACCCGGCUACGGACGAUGUGAUUGGUCUGCAGCUAAAUGUCUGUGCAUGUUAACCAAUCAAAUGUCAGGAUCUAUAAAAGCACAGCUUUCUGAUAGCUAAAUUAUUUAACAAUUACCGGUAAAAUAACUUGGUUAUGUUACGAUGGUAAUGAAAUAAUUAUAAGAUUGUUUUAUUAUUUAAAAGAUAUUUUAUGUUACACCUCUUAUUAAAUUUUCACUUGCAGGAAAUUUAAAAAAAAAAUUUGUAGAAAAUUUCUGAGAUGUCAUAAUUUCAGACUUUUUCUACCAAACUUUUGACUCUUUAAACUCAAAUUUCUUUGUUUUUUUUGUGAAAAUGUAUUGUUCCCUUUUUUGUACUCAAGCCAAAAAACUCAAAUUUUCUAGAAUUAUUUAAGUGAAAUACAUUUAAUUAAAAUGUAUUUUAAUUAUUUGAGUAAUUAAUUACUGAAGUUAAUUCUAGUUUUAAUUAUAGGUUUUCAUGUUUAAUUUGUGUUUCAUAAAUUUUUCAUAUUAAUAUAAAUAUAUUUUUAUUUAAAGGUAUUAUUUUUAUAUAAACUAUUAAUUCUAUAAAUAUUUGAUAAUCAUAUCUGAAUAUUCAGACACACUUUAAUCAUCUCCAUUUGAGACAUUUUAAUUUAUUUUGGAGUUUUAAUCAUCUAACUGUUUUAAAAUAAAUACGUUUGUUCUGUGGUCUUAUUGGAAUUGAUUUCAAAGUUAGUAUAAAUAUGAUUUAUGGGUAUUUUCCUCUAAUUAAUGAAUAACUAAAUAUGUUUUCUAUGUAUAAAGUAAAUAUUGAUUUCUUACCAUGUAGCAUUCUAGCAUUUAUCACGACGUGGACAAAGUUAGAUUUAUUUUUUGUGUACAAUGGCAAAGAUAUUUAAAACAAAAACACUGCAACGAUGUUUACAUCUUGUCUGAAGUUCCUUAAAUCAGCAUCUUGAUGAUUUUUAAUUCCUGGACUUCAAGUCAACGGUGACUAACCAACUUUCACAAACAUUUCCAUAAAUACUCAGUAUAAUCAACAGUUUGUGAGAAAAAUAAUCUUAUUUAUGCAACAUACAGUAGUAUUAUACAUUCAUGUCUUGCCUGUUGAGGUAAAUGAGUUUUGUUUCACAAUGUUUAUGCAGUCAAAUAAUUGCUGGAUGUUGACUGAGGUCAAGAUAAAAUCCAUGUUUCUCAGUAAUAAUUUAUUCCAAAUGAUUCCUGUCUUUGGCUUUAUGUAUGUUUAUUUUUGCAUAGUAAUUCAGGUGUUACUGUUUGAUUCUGUGUGUGUAAUUAAAGCUGGAUUCAGAUCUUUA